AUGGCCACGAUCCGGCGCAUGACGCCCGCCGACCUGCUCAGCCUGAACCUGACCAACCUCGAUCCCUUGACUGAGAACUACGACCUGCACUUCUACCUCAACUAUCUCAUGAAAUGGCCGUCUCUCUUCAAUGUCGUCGAGGACCGCGAUGGCCAGAUAGUCGGCUACAUAAUGGGCAAGCUUGAAACGCAACCACAGGCCAUGCGUCAUUCGGAGCACUACACCCCCUGGCAUGGCCAUAUCACAGUGCUCACAGUUGCGCCGGCCUGGAGAAGGAUGGGCCACGCACGACGGCUGGCGGAGAGUCUGGAACGGGCCUCAGACAAGAACAAUGCGUGGUUCGUUGAUCUGUAUGUGCGGGCGGGGAAUAAGGUCGCCGUUGAUAUGUACAAGGGCAUGGGGUGGGUAUUUUGCAGCUUCCUUACUACUUGCCUGUUGCUAUGCUGACCUUGCUUGCGCUCUAGGUAUUCUGUGUUUAGACGAGUGGUGAAUUAUUACAGUGACGACCCCACGGGGCUCUCAGAAGAGGGUGAAGAUGCAUUUGACAUGCGAAAGCCGUUGAGCCGCGAUGUGCAUCUAAAGCACUCUCGUCCAGACGGGGAACACUUCCUUGUGAGUCCUGAAGACGUUACCUGAUCCAAGGGGCUUUCUGUGAUAGGAGGAUUUACACAUAUCAGCCCCGGCAUGUUGACCAUGUCACUGCGUACUGGGGGAGUGGCAUACGACUGUUAU